UCCCAAACCAGGGGAAAAAAUGAAAAGAAGUGGAAAGGAAACAAAAACAGCAGGCAAUGUAGAUGCCCACACACCAUGCGAGACACGCUCCCUUUCCUCCCCCAAACCAACCCCUUACUUUCCUCCCACCACCACAAACACCAUCAUUUCCCCUCACUCUCUCGCCAUAGGAACCUCCAUUUCCCCACUAUUUCCUCUAAAACAAUCACCCCCGCCUCUCUUCCUCCCAAAACCCAUCCCCAACUCCCUUCCAUUUCCCAUCCGCCGCCGCCGCCGCUACCGCCACCAACCUCCCGCUCUGACUUCCAAGAGAAAAUGCUUUACCUUGACUCCAUCGGCCUUGAUUUAUUCUCUCUAGUCCAACGCCACCCUCCCAUCAUAUCCGCUUCUCUCCAUGAUCUCAAAUCCACCGUUGAAUUCCUUUUCUCGUUGAACUUCACUACGCUUGAGCUUACCCGAAUCCUCUCCAUGUGCCCCCAUAUCCUAACCAUCAAACCAUCUUCCCUCCUCCCUAUCUUCACUUUCCUUCUCCGCGAAGCCCGCGUCAACGGCUCCGAUUUAAAGAGAGUUAUCAACAGACGUCCCAGAUUACUCGCAUGCAACGUCGAGACCCAGCUGCGUCCCACCCUAUAUUUCCUCCAAAGCAUCGGAAUCUCCGAGAUAAGAAGACACACUUCCUUACUGUCUUGCAGCGUGGAAAAUAAAUUCAUCCCUCGCGUUGAUUACUUCCAAAAAAUCGGAUUCUCUCACAGGAAAUCCAUCUCCAUGUUCCGUAGAUUUCCCCAACUGUUUAAUUACAGUAUUAAGGAAAAUUACGAGCACAAACUGAAUUAUUUUGUGGUGGAAAUGGGGAGGGAUUUGAGAGAAAUCAAAGAGUUCCCUCAGUACUUCUCUUUUAGCUUGGAAAACAGGAUAAAGCCGAGGCACCAAAUUUGUGUUGAAAAAGGGGUUUGUUUCCCUUUGCCUGCUUUGUUAAAGACGAGUGAAAUUGAGUUUCGUAGUAGAUUGGAGGUUUGUUGUAAUUCCACGUUGCCCUUGAAGGGUUCUCCUUUAUCGUGUUCUAAACAUUGUGAUAUUUAAUACUAUGAUUCAGUAUAACAGUGAAAAAUAAUAAUUGAUUUUUAUGUGGCUGCCUCCAUUGUUUUGUGUUUCAAUUUGAAGCUGCAUCUGGAUGCUGCGGUAGAA